AUCUGAUGCUAUCACCUACUCAACUCGGUAGGGCGGCACUGGUAUCUUCUCUACCUCCAGAUGCAGCAUUGUUUGUAUUCAGUGAUCUUCAGCAAGCCACCAAAGCAAUAGCUCUUGACAGUGAACUUCAUAUGCUGUUACUCCGACGAACUGUUCUGUAUGGCAAGGAUGCGAUUGGAAUCAUUUGCAUACUCCAUCUUCGCUUCUUCUCUGCCCUUGCACUCUUCGAUGUUGUAAAUGAGAAGUCAAUUGAUGAGGUAGCUCGUCGAUUCAGGAUCAGUCGCGGUACUCUUCAGACUCUUCAGCAACAAAGUGCCACUUAUGCCGCGAUGGUGGUCGCAUUCUGUUCCCGCCUGGGUUGGACGUAUCUUUGCGACCUUCUCAAGGGUUUCGCCUCACGGUUGGCGUUUGGGGUUCGAAGAGAACUGACAGAACUUGUUUCCAUUGCAGGAAUCGAUGCAAGUCGGUAUGUCUGCUCUUGGCGCAAUCUUCAAUAUUGA